UAUUAAUUGCAUAAAUAUCAUAAUAUACUUAAUAUACAAUUCAUUUAACAAAAGAUCUAAAAAUCCCGAUUACUUAUAUGAAAUUAUAAACUUAUUCCAGUUAUAUUAUUAUUAAUUAAAAAGAUAAAAUACAUUAAUUAAAAAGUUUCUUUCGAAUAAAAUUAAAACGAAUAACGUUAUUUUAACAAAUUUGAUCUUAUAAUUAGCAGUUUUCACUGUUUAACAUUCCAGGAUCUCAAUCCAAUCGUUACAUUUUCCAAAUCUUCCUACCAGUAUUAAUCUCUCAUAAACUGUUUAACAUGCAAAGCUGUAUAUUAAUUCUAUCAAACAGCAGAUGUACUAGUGAUAGACGGUAGUAUACAGCAAAUGUCUCAUUCAGUAUCACGGAUCAUAGCUUUAAAGUAGCCCAAUAAUGAAGUUCAGCAUUGAAUCCACUGCUUCUUAUAAUAGUAUACAUCCAGCAUACCAUUACACAGAACAAUUUGCUAAUAAUGCUGAAACAUAUCAAGAGGGUACUAAAUGGUUUGGAAUAUUUUUGGCAUUUUUAUCAGGUACAUUUUUUACAAUUAGUUCUGCCUUAGUCAAAGCAGUACAAAAUGUACAUCCUAUGGUAUUGCUGACUAUCAGAUCUGUUUUACAAAUGAUAGUUAUGGCUGUUGUAGCAUUUAAAGUUUCUAAAAAUCUUUUUGGACCCAAAGGACAAAGAAUGCUUUUACAUUUACAAGGAAUAAUAGGUGGUGCAACACUAUCAUUGUUAUAUUAUAGUUUUCGCAAAUUACCGAUAGGAGAUGCUACAACAAUUAUAUUUAGUUCUCCAGUAAUUGUAAUUGCAUUAUCUUUCAUUUUAUUAAAAGAACCUUGUGGAAUAUUGCGCGUAAUAGUUAUGUGUGCACUUUUUGCGGGAGUUAUUUUUGUAUCUAAACCACCUUUUUUAUUUCAGAUACAUAGAGCUGAAUCAUACAAUGUGAUGGGAUAUGUGUGUGCUAUUUUAGCAACUCUUUUUACAGCUCUUAAUAUAGUUAUUAUGAGAAAAUGUUCAGAAAUUCAUUACUCAGCAAUUAUCUUCAAUUUAUCUUGGUGGUCACUUGUUACAGCAGUUUUUUUUUUCUUUGUAUCAGAUAAUCAAGAACAAAAAUCAAAAUUUCCACAUGAUUGGAUUACUUGGAGUAAAAUAUUGUUAAUAGCACUAACUGGAUUAUCAGGUCAAAUUUUAGUGACUAAUGCAUUAAAAAUAGAAGGUGCUGGAAAAGUAUCAGUGACUAGAUCUUUAGAUAUUAUUUUGGCUUAUAUUGUACAAAUAUAUUUUUUUGGAGAUCAACCUACAUCAACUAGUAUGAUUGGAGCAUUUUUAAUCAUAAUCUCUGUUAUAUGUAUGGGAUUUGAGAAAGAAAUUUAUAAUGUUUGUGAUUUUAUUCCCUAAUCAAAGAUACAGUAUCUUAAAUUAUUUACCUGCAUAAACAUAGAUAAUAUACAUAUUUUUAUGAAUGGUGAAAAUGUUAUUAUACUACUAUUAUGAUUUUCAUAAUAUAAAGUUUCAAGACUUUAUACAAUAUAAUAUUGAAUUAUAUGAAAACUACCAUUCAUUUACAUAAUUUUUUAACCGCAUGAAUUUAUAUACCUUACAUAAAUUUUCAUUCAAACUAAAAAUAAAAGUAUCAAGUAUUUAAUAGUUAACUCAACAAACUGAUUAUAUAUUUAUAAUUAUGAUCUAUAUUCUUUUCUAAAAUUUAUCAUGAGAUAGAAAUGACACAAUUUUUAAAGUAUACAAAUGAAUACAUAUUUACAAUUGUACACACAUCGUUAUUAUAUGUACUUCGAAUUAUCCGUGACUUUGUGCGGACGUAAUUAACUGUACCUUUAUAAUUGUUAACGCGGUUUAUUAAAAAAAAAAAUAUAUAUCUACGAUUAACAAUAAAUCACCAUACCAUAUCCAAGAUAAUAGUAUGUACACUUUUCUUUCUUAGCUACUUUAUCCCUGCUAGAUACAAACAAUUCUAUCGAGAAAAUGCUAAUUUAGAGCUUAUAAAUCUAUACAUAUUCUUAGAGCUUACUUAGUUUAUAACUGAAGUAAUACAUAUAAGAAUUCUUUAGUAACUGUUUAAAACGUUAUCAUGCAACAUAGUAUUAUAUGCUACACUAAUUAUUUUAGAUUAAUUAUCAUUAGAAAGAAGCCACGGAUACUUACAUGCAAUCAAUCUUCUUGUAGUUGAAAAAACGAAAAAUUUGUGUAUGUGUUCUUGUCUGUACUUCUUUUUAAACAUUUUGUUCCUAAAUUUCGUCCAAUUUGCAUUUUUGGAAUUAUUGCCACCUGCACUAGCUGCUCUAUGCACGCGUUAAUUAAAUAAAUUUUCAUAUUUUUUAAAAUACGCUUAAAUAAUAUUAAAGCUACUAUUGAAUAGGAAUGUAAAUGUGUGUAAGUUGAAAUAAAAACCAUUUAUACAUAAUAUA